GGACUCUGACAGGUCUCCUGGCUUAGGCUGGCGAGCCCCUCCCUUCGGUGACACCCCUCGCGUCAACGUCGUUCCCAGAGUGCCUCUAGCUGGCGCCCCAUUUGGUGGACAGGCCGGAGUGACGAGCGAUCCAGCCAACGAGCGGCCGGAGGAUUCACUUCUGCUACAACCAAAAAGACCAGUGUUUACAUUUCAUUGAAAGAAAACGUUUCUAGGAGUGGAAUGGCUGGAUCACAUGAACAUGAAAAGGAAUUUGGAAGGAAAAAUCUGGAAAGGUGAUAGAAAAAAGAAGUGUGUGCUCUCCCAGAUUCCAAAUUAGAAUGAAGACUACUUGGUAAACUAGUAGUAACGUUGGCAACUGGUAGCCUUCUCUGACAACCACCUGGCACCAUGGGGAAACGUGAUAACCGAGUGGCAUAUAUGAAUCCUAUAGCAAUGGCAAGAUGGAGGGGUACAAGUCAAUCUGCAGGUCCAACUAUACAAGAUUAUCUGAAUCGACCAAGGCCCACAUGGGAAGAAGUAAAGAAACAAUUAGAGAAUAAAAAGAAAGGAUCCAAGGCAUUGGCUGAAUUUGAAGAAAAAAUGAAUCAAAAAUGGAAGAAAGAGCUUGAGAAAAGGAGAGAAAAAUUAUUAAGUGGAAAUGUCAGUUCAUCGAAAAAAAAAGAGAGAAAGAAAAAGAAAAAGAAGAAAUCUUGUCGGUACACAUCCUCUUCAUCAAGCUCUGAUUCAUCAAGCAGUUCUUCAGAUUCUGAGGAUGAGCACAAGAAACAAGGGAAAAGGAGAAAGAAAAGAAAGAAUCGUUCUCACAAGUCAUCAGAAAGCUCCACCUGUGAAUCAGAAUUGCCAAGCAAGGAGCUUCCCCCAAAGAAGAAAAAGGCAAAGGAUGAAAUGGAAAAAGAAAAAUAUACCAAAAGCUACAGCAAGAAAAGAAAGAAGGCUUGUCCUGAGGAAAAGCCAUCCUCUUCAGAAUCCUCCUUCGAAUCAGAUUAUGAAGAAGAGGUGCAGACAAAAAAGAAAAGAAAAUAUGAUGAGCAAGAAAGAGAAAUGGAAAAGGUCAAAAAGAAAAAAAAGAAGAAACAUCACAAGAAACACAAUAAGAAGAAAAAGAAGAAAUCCAGUUCAAGUCAUAAGUCAGCGUAACAGAAAAACCAAACAGGCUUUCCAUAUUUAAAAUGAAGCAAAAUCUAAAGGAAACUUCAACUGUGAAAAGCUAGGGCAUAUUUACCAAAAUGCAUGAGAUUCCCUGUGUUAAUAGAGUUAUUCUGGACUUUAAGUUGCCAGUAUAAUGCCACUGUGCCAGAAAAGGCUGUAUUUGUUGCCUGCAGCUUAUAUAGAUAUGAGAUUUUGUUUGUUAAAUGUCUGUCUUUAUGCGUAAUAGUUGCUCCUCUUGAAAUCAAAACUCAGUUGUCAUACUAGUGUUAAAAUGUUUGGAUUUCAAAUGCAAUGUUUUAGGCAAUGAAUGAUUUUGACCAAAAAUAUAUCUAAUGUUAAAUGUAUGUAAUUUUUAGAUAUCUUUAAAAUGUAGUCAGAAACAUGACUACAAUUAUAGUUGACAUUUUGAAGAUAAGACAGCAUUGUUGUUCAAAAUUAAUUUUGUAGAAUGUGUGGUUGGUUACAUUUUUCAAGAAGUUUUUGUUUACAUUGGGGAAGGGUGUAAGUCAGGGAGUGGGAAGGGAAAGUGUUUGCUACUCUGGCUAGCUGAAUAGUGUGCCUUUAAUCCUUACACAUCUUAUUUUGCCAGUGCAGCAGCCAUUUAUUUUUUACAUACUGAAAUUGUAGAAUGUUGUUAUGUAUUUAUCAAGAGAACCAGAAAGCAGUUUACAGCAUAAAGCCCCAAAGCUAUGACAUUUACCUCCACUUCAGCACAAUUCACUCUCCAGUACUAAAUGCUAUUUAACAUUAGAACACUGCAUGAUUUGAAUUAACUGUUGGUUUUUGAAGGAGAAUAAUUUUAAACUGUCCCUGGUUUUGUUUUGUUUUUGUUGUUUUCUAUGAGUAAAAAUUAGGAUUUUGUGAACCUUAUCCUGCCAUUUUAAUUAGCCAGCCAUAUUCUUAAUGACAGUGAUACUUUUAAAAAGAAUUUAUGGUUAAGAUAUAAAGUUCAAGUUUUUCAUAUGUUAAACUUUGGGUGUUAAUUUCAUCUCAUUACUGUGUUUAAAUUGCAUGUUUCCCAAAAACAUUUAGCAUGUAAAAAGAAGGUCUUUAAGAAAUUGUAAUGCCUUCAUAUUGAAGCUGGUUUACUAAAAGCAAGUUGACUGUCAGACUUUUAGUAUAAUGUGUGUCUUGUUACAUGAACUACUGCCAAAAUAUUAGUAUGUUCAUUAAAAGUUUUUUGUCUUAAAUAUUAGCAUUGAAGUAUAAUGGAAGUUAAAUUUAGGUAAUGAUUAUAUAAUUUAUCUUUUUGUGUCCAUAUAUUACUAAGAUCCGGUGCCUUGUGUCUGUUGCUGAUUCGUAUUCACCACUGAUGUUAAAAAUUAGUUGGAAAAUAUUUUUACUUUAAAUUUCUAUAUCAGAGUAGUAUAAAAUAUAAGUUUAUGUUUCAAAAACAUCUAUCACAGAAGAUACACUAAUAUUGCCAUGGUAUAAUGUGUUUUGUCAUGAUGAGAAAGGCUCAGUGUUUCUUUCAGAUGAAUUAACCUCAGAUUCUCUGAAACAAAAGCAAAAUUAUAGAAAACAUCUAGUAGAUAAAUGACUUGUCAUCUAUGCAGACUCUUUCAGUGGUAGUGUUUAACUCUCUCAAUGUGGUUUUUUCAGUAUUGUAGUAAUGCCAUGCCAGAUCACUUUAGAAUUUCAUAAAUAUAACUGUUUCUUAGAACAUAUCUAUAUGUAUAUUGCUGUUAAAAUUGUUGCAAUUAAGGGGUAUUUUAUAGCCAUAUAGCAUUUUUCAAUAGCAUUCAUUAAAUGUUUUUAAAAUCUAUAUUAUUUGUAGAAUAUGGUAAAAACAAUUACAAUUCAUCUUAUAGCUAUGUGCUCCCAUUAACUUACCAGCUCUUUGUAGUUAGGUGGUUCAAUUUGACUACUUAGAACUGGGAAAUUGAAAACAGAAGUUAUGUGCCAUUUCCAUCUUUGAGCAGAAACAAUUCCUGCAUGACAUUUCAGCUGUCUCUUUACCUUCUACCAUAACUGGAAUGAGAAGGCCAAACUCUAAGAAUGGCGCAAGCUGUAUCUUUAUGUCACACUACAAGAAGUUUGCCCUGGAAAGCUCAUGAACAUGCAAUGGACUUUUUGAGAGUAAUGAGAUUAAUAAAUAAAUUAUUAUGUGUUCAAUCACUUAAA